AUGGACGGCGAAUCCAGAUCGCCUCUCUUCUACCGACACGUGGCAGCAGGAGCUGUUUCAGCCGUGGUGGCGAGCGCCCUCACAUACCCUCUCGAUGUCGCGAAGACCGUCGCGCAGGCGGGUGUCGCACAGGCCAGCGUCGCACACGCGGUUGUCGCACAGACAGGCGCCGUGCAGGGCAGUACGAUCGCGGGGGGACCAGGCGGAGGAUCUUCUGGUGGACUGGCGAGAAGCGGAACAGCAGCAGCCUCAAGAGCAGCUGCUACCAGCGGUCUCAACUGGAGAAGUAGAGCCGCGUUCACGGGGUUUUCACCGCAUAUCGCGGGGCAUCUGCCAUCGCUAGCAGCCCGCUACACCACCUACCAUCUUGCCGCCGCCUACCAAAUGGAUGGUCUGCCUUCUUGGCUGCCCAUCUCCCCACCUCAAGCAGCAUUAGCAGGAGCCAUAGCCGGGGCGACAGAGUCCCUGCUCUCCACACCAUUCGACCUCCUCAGAACCCGCCUGCUGCUCGCCACUCCCCUGCUGCCACCUGUCCCGCCCUCCCACCCCAUCUCCCUCCCCAGCCCUUCCAUCCGCAUCCACCGCCCCUCGACUCCUUCCCAACCAACCUCUUCUUCUUUAGGCAAGCCCUCCCCCAGCGAAACCUCCCCCAACCAUACCUCCUCUGGUCAAUCCGCCACCAUCAAUCAAUCUUCCAACCCCACCGCAAGGGCUGGAGUGAGGGCGGAGGGGGCAGCUCAGCUGUGGCGAGGGCUUCGAGCUGGCGUGACUCGGGACUCGCUUUUCGGAGCGGUGUUCUUUGGAGGGUGGGUGACUAUAGAGGAGGGAUUGAGGGAACUGGAGGAGCUUCAGAGGAGGAAGAGUGAGAGGGAUGGGGAGGAGGAGCAGGAAAGGACGGAGGGAGGAGGAGUGGGUGGUGGAGACAUGGGGAGGGGGAGUGUGGGGAAUGGGUAUUGGUAUGCGUUGACGCAAGGGUUGGAAGCGGCAGUGGCAGCAGCGGUGGCGUCGGUGGUGUCGCAUCCGUUUGACUGUGCCAAGACCCGCACUCAAGCCACUGUCUUGCCUAAGGCGCAGGGCCUGUCGGGCAGCGCGAGCGACCUGGCGCACCUGCUGGAGGUGCUGCGCGGCGCGGAGGACGCGCUCGCGAAGCACGCGCCGCAGCUCGACACGCUGCUCGCGUCGCUCGAUCCUGCGCUGCACUCUCUCGCCUUCCUGUUCUUCCUUGAUGCGCAUGCAGCGCAGGCACCGGGCGCGUUGUGGGAGCAGGUGGUGGGGACGAUCAUCAACUUCAUCAAAGUGGCAUCUCCCACCCAGCUCGCGCUCGCACCUGAAAAGUUCGCCACCCUGUGCCAUCGCCUGCGAGACCAGCUCAUCUCCCACUCCCAGUACGCUCGAGGCGUCCUGCCUCUACGGUGGGCGAUCAGCAAGGUGCAGCAGUGCACCACAGCGGAGCACCUCACCCCGCAACACGCCGACUGCCUGCAGCUCUGCCUGCUCGCCAAGCUGUACCGCCAGGGAGGGGACCUGCUGCAGGGGGAUAUUCUCGAUAUUGACCCCAAGAAGACGGGGCUGGUGCACCGGGACUUUCUUCUGUACUGCUUCUACGGAGGUACCAUCUACGUGGGUCUGAAGCAGUAUCAGAAGGCCCUAGACCUCUUCAUGCAUGCCAUCACAUCCCCAGCACAAGUUGUGAAUGCCAUCACAGUAUCGGCAUACAAAAGACAUGUGCUCGUGUCGCUCAUCCUGAACGCCCAGCUGUUGCCUCUACCCAAGUUCACGCCAGGCAUCGUGCAGAGAGGACUCAAGGCAUGCUGCCAGGACUAUCACGACCUGGCGAACAUCUACGUGUCUCGCGAUGCAGCAGAGCUCAAGAAGUUUGUCGAUUCCCACGAGCAAGCCUUCAAGGCGGACAACAACCUAGGCUUGGCCCAUCAGGUUGUUGCAUCGGUCCCCAAGCGCAGCAUUCAGCGUCUCACGCACACCUACCUCACUCUCUCGCUCUCCGACCUUGCUCAGUCGGUGCACCUGUCCUCGCCUGCCGAGGCUGAGAAAUACCUCCUUUCCAUGAUAGCAGAUGGGGAGAUGUUUGCGAGGAUAGACCAGCAGGCGGGCAUGGUGAGCUUUGAGGAGGACCCUGAGAAGUACGACUCGCUGGCCAUGGCUGCUGUGGUGGAGGAGCACAUCCAGAGGGCCACGAAGCUGUCCAAGAAGCUGGCGCUGGUCCAUGAGCAGAUCUCCUCUGACCGAACGUACCUCACACGGCGCAAUGUUCGGUACGGGGAGCAUGAGGACUAUGAGCUUGCACCUCAACGAAUGUUUGAUACCAUGUAG